GUGACGUCUGACGAAUUAUUUGGUGUUGCUAGGCAACGAGUCAACAGUAACACACGGGGGCAGUAGGCAGACAUGUCGUCCAAUUACUCAGCAAACCAGUAUGAGAGCUCCUUCAGGACACACAGGCCCAACGACUGGUGUGAGACUAAAUACUUCAAACAGAGACCCCAAGCAAAGACUGGUCACACCACUAUAAUUGCCAAUGACAGAGGACACCUGCUCCCCGGUGUGGCUAAGAGAGGCAGUGCUUGGCCAGACUUUAAGGGGACCUGGGAUCUUCCUUCUCGUAUCCCAGCCUGCCACAUCAACCCAACAGGCCGCUCUGUGGAGGGCCUCAACAGGCUCAAGUCCUGGGGCUUCUACCCACAGCACACAGGGAGAUCUCAGCCACACAGCUGCAGCAGGAAGUCAGAAAGGCUGCAGAAAUUCAGCAAGCAGACCAACAGGGACGUGCAGCAGGACUGUGUCGCCCCAGCCUCCACAGCCAAGGCCUGUCCAGCAUCUCAGCACUGCCCCAUCGCUGGAGGUGAGUCAGCCGCUGACCAAAACCAGGACUUGCAGGCAGCAGUUGUUGAACAAACUACUCAGGCGGCCAGGAGUGAGAAGCCGCUGAGCCAGUACUCUGCAUCUGAAGAGAAGCCAGGUGCUAGAGAAUGAACCGUCAACCAACCCCAAACUGGCAGAGGGGGUCUCCCUCUGCCAGGGAGAGUGAGCAACGUGCAACGUGUGAGAGAAAGUAGCCAGCCCAGGAACAGCAGCAUCCUCCACCAUCAAAAAUAAAUGCCUCUAGACUUCA